GGAAUAGAGAAGUUGAUACAAGAGAUUGUAAAAUGCUUUAAACAGCAUUUUGUGAAAUUCUGUAAAAAUUUGAUUCACAAGUAAACGAUAUGACAACUGCUUUCAGUAACUACGAAGUAACUGCUGAAGACCAGCAAAGAAUAAAUCUUUUCUCUCGUCUAGUUACUCAAAAAGUGGAUAUUGUAGAAGAAAGAAAGAAAUUAAGACAGGAAAAAGAGAAACUUGAAGAUGCACAAUUGGAACUUGAAUUGUUAGAUGAAGAUUCCGAAGUACAUCGGAGGAUUGGUGAAUGUUAUAUCUUAGUGAAGCAAGCCCAGGCCAUGGUUUUUCUAAAUAGUGAAAAGGAAACUUUAGAAAGUAAGUUACACGACACCGAAGAUAAGUUAGAGAAGAUAAAAGCUGAGAUGGAAGAGCUGAAGAAAAUUCUUUAUGGAAAGUUUGGUAGUGCCAUAAACUUGGAAGAGGAAGACGAAGAUUCGUAAAUAAUACGAAAAUCGAAAAAUAAAGUUUUCAAAGAUUGU